AUGGCGGCGAAUUGUGACAGGAUUGCCAAUACUCGCAAGAAGAAACUCCCUUCUAUGGAUAGACUUAUUGAGCAAGGUAAAAAUAUUUUGGGAAAGGGAAAAAAGAGAAGAAGACUGCUUCAUUAUGAGUAUAGCACUGAUCCAUCUACUGGUCGAAGGAAUUGCAAAAAUACCUACAAUUCGAAGUACUAUAAUCACGAGGAUACCGGCAUUUCAAGUAACUUGGAGGAAUACAGCGGUAAUAUGUUUCAAGGUAACUCUUUAUGUAGAAUUUUACAGAAAAUACACACCUACAGUAUGUAUGAAUCCUAUUGUUUGUGCCUUGUAUUUAUACGUUUUCACUAUUUUUUCCUGCAAUUUUAGUGCCAGAAGUAAGUCCAUUAAUUCAGCUUGAUUGUGAAUCAGAUGUGGAUGUAUCAAGGAACUUUCCAGAGA